AUGUCAAUCUUUCUGAUGGGGGUCUGGGAUCCAGAUACUAAACAGUGGUGCACUGUUGCAAAGUGUGGGAAUGGUCAUGAUGAUAAAACUAUUGAAAAACUCAACAAGGAGCUUAAAAUGACAAAAAUAAGCAAGGUAUUUACAACAUUUUUUUAUCCAGCUUCCACAUUUCUUGAAAGACCCAUUUUACGCAGUUUAGCGACCGUGCUUUAAUCAGUUUCAAAAGCGAACAGGAUGGAUGCAAAAUCCAACCUUAACUCCUUCUCGUUUCAAGUUUAAGUUUACGUUUAUUAAAAACUCUUUGAAUACAAACCAUAAUUGAUCCUUGCCUGCAAAAUAGCCUAGCUAAUCGAGGAGGGAAGGAAAAGUAAAAAAAAAUUACAAUAAUAGGGUUGAAACAUAACAAUAAAGAAAAACAAAUACACAAACAUCAACAUAUUAAUUAACAAGAAAGUAAGUACAUAAUUAUAUUUCAAAAUAGGUAAUAAAGCAAUUUAUGAGUGAAAUUAAACAGAAAAUUUAAUAUUUACUUAUCUGUUUAGCAAUAUGGGGUUCCUCAUUGUAAGAGUGUCCUUAAUCCCCUCUCCUCUCCUCUCCUCUUGUCCUUAUCUUAUCUUGUCUGUUUAGUAUUAUAAGGUUCCUCAUUGCAAGAGUGUCCUUCACCCCCUCUAUAAUCCCCUCCCCUUCUCCUUACCCGUCUCCUCUUGUCCUUAUCUUAUCUUGUCUGUUUAGCAAUAUAGGGUUCCUCAUUGCAGGAGUCUCCUUAAUCCCCUCUAUGAUCCCCUCUCCUUCUUUUUCGAAGGUAUCCAUAUACACUGUAGGUCGUACUGGGUCUAACUGGUCGUGGAUUAUCAUGGGCCUAUGUUGUCCAACAGUUUGGUAAUCAAAGAGACGAACUGCAAUAGGAUUUAAUUUUUAUUUAUAAAUGAUGUGUGAUUUUGUGUAGGACCCCUCCAAGGUUCCAUCGUGGCUGAGUGUUCAUCGCAGUUUAGUUCCAGACUUCGUUAUCGCAGAUCCAAAGGUACAAGCUUAA